AUGGUGUCAUUGUCACGGAUACAAAUUGUGACUAAUUCCCUAGGUAGGAACGUGAAUACCAUCAAUAGGAAGUAUUUGACUAGAUUGCAGAGUGACUGUGUAGUAAAGAAAAUUGAAUUCAUUGCAGAUGUGGUCGAGUCGACGUCGGAUCCCAACCUCACAGUGUCUAUGAUCACAGAGGAGUUACCUGCCCUCACGGUGACCACGAUAGUGGGUAUGACCGUAGUGAUGCUCAUCGCAAUCCUCGCUGUAUUCCUCCUAGGAGUGCUCAUUGAUUGCAGACAGCAGAGACUACUAGAGAAGAAAAUGGGGGAAGCAAAGCGGAUGAAGGCCAGCAGACGAGUGAACACAACUCCUGAGGAGGACGACGCGAGCAUAGCCAACAACAUGGAGGAGUCGGGCAUGAGCGAGCCACCGGCGGAGGUCCUGCGGCAUAUACCUUGACACUGCUACAUACAGAACUCCCAUGUACCUACUGCCUAUAUUAUCUUAUCAACUACUUGCAUUAUUAUUCUUGCAUAGUUAGGUGUAUAAAUUAGUGAUACAAUCUAAAACUUGUCUUAAGAACCACGUUUUGUAAAUUCAGUAAAGUAACUACCAAUGGUUUUUUUUAAAUUGGUGCAUUUCAGUCUAUAAAGUAAGAUCAUUUCUAUUUUAUUUUAAGUAAGUACAUUGUUUACUUUCAUUGUAAUUUAACUUGUAAGAUGUGUUUCUUGUUGGUAUAUGUUCAAUAGGCCAAAGUAUGUAACCUUCAUGUACAUAGUAAUUUAUAAGUAGGCUAAUCAAUUGAAUCUUAUUAUUGUUUAGGACUUGAUCCCAACUCGUAGGCAAUUAGUAAAAUAUUGUAUUUUUAAACAAUUCUACACUUUUAUUAUAUUGUGAUAUAAUUAUUAAAUUAUUAAA